AGACGGCAGCGUGGAGACCUUCGUCCCGAGGACCUCCUCCGGCUACAACAUCUCGAAGGAGGUGCUGGGACAGCCGCGCUUCUGGCGCUUCCUGGCGAUCAGCGUCCUGUUUCUGGGCGUCAUGAUGAACUUCCACCACAUGAACGUGACGUUCCCCAAGUACUUCUUGCGCCAGUUCGGCGAGGACGCCCCCUUCGAGCUCGUGCUGGCGAUCAAUCCGAUCGUGAUCAUCUUCCUGGUCCCAGCGGUGACCUACCUGAUCGACCUGUGGCGGUUGGAUUACGGGACGGUUCUGGUGGUCGGGUCGCUCAUCUCGGGCGUCUCGCCUUUCGCGCUGGCGGUGCUGAAUUCCACCCAGGGCGCCAUCGUGUGGAUGGUCAUGCUCUCGCUCGGGGAGGCGAUCUGGUCCCCCAAGCUCAUGGAGAUGAGCGUUGCAGUCGCACCCGAAGGCCGCGAGGGCACGUACAUGUCGCUCACCAGCGCCCCGCUGCUGAUCUCGAAGCUCGGCGUCGGGGGUCUCAGCGGCGCCCUGCUGACCCAGUUCUGCCCGGAGGAGGGCGACUGCCCCGGGCUCGGCAGGGUGGACGGUCGUCGGCUGCACCACGUGCCCCCUGACCCUCGUGCUGCUGCUGCUGCGCUCGCGCCUCUUCGUGCCCCAGGACUGGGCCGUGGGCGCGCAGUACGACUCCCCGUCCCUGUCGCAGAAGGAGGCCUCCAUCGGCGGCGGCAAAGGGCCCGAGUACGGCGCCUGCUGAGCACCCUCCCCGGUCAGAGGAUGGCGACGACGAAGGGCGACCAAUUGCACACUUCUAGGCCUCCCAAGCGUAGCGUAGAUCUCCGAGCACCUGUUCUUGUAGUGCCGGCGUGAAUCUUGGAUCUCGCGGAUUCCAAGGCAUCCCUUGUUCUCAAGGUUCGAAGUGCGCAGUCGUCGCGACGUGUUGGCGGCGCGGGCAUCAUGGCGGGGUCCCCGCCGCGCCCUUGCGGGCCCCCGCAGGAUCGGUGCGGCAACCGUUUCCGGCGCGCCGAGGGGCUGCCCAUGGAGGGGUUGCCCCUUGCCUUUUGGAGACGGACUGCAAGAUGGCUUUCUUGCCCCGGAAUCUAGGUGUUCGUCGAACCCACGAAAGCGCGCCGACGGGACUGCGCUACAGCUCCUGCACC